CCGGCACGCAGACUCGUAGCGCCACUUGACCCGGAGGAGAAGCUAGAACUAAUCGGCCAUUUUGGGCUAAGGGGGGCUUUUCUGGCACCACGUGAGGGUGGAGAGCCCAAAAGGGGAGCAAUUGAGAGUGAGAUAAGAGUCGGAGAACAAGGGGAGAAUCGGGAGACGCAUUUACUCUCUCACAUUCAUUCACAUGUGCUUAUCCUGAGAGAAAAACGUUAUUAGCUAGCGACCUUGCACAAUGCCGACAAUUACUCUACCACCGAAAGAAAACGCUCUCUUCAAAAGGAUUCUGAGAUGCUAUGAGCACAAACAGUACAGAAAUGGGCUGAAAUUCUGCAAACAGAUCUUAUCUAACCCCAAGUUCGCCGAGCAUGGAGAAACUCUGGCGAUGAAGGGGCUCACCCUGAAUUGCCUGGGGAAAAAAGAGGAGGCAUACGAGCUUGUCAGAAGAGGCCUGCGUAAUGACCUGAAAAGUCAUGUCUGUUGGCAUGUUUAUGGUCUACUGCAGCGCUCCGAUAAGAAGUAUGACGAGGCAAUCAAAUGUUAUAGAAAUGCACUGAAGUGGGACAAGGACAACCUGCAGAUCUUGCGUGACCUCUCCCUGCUACAGAUCCAAAUGCGGGACCUGGAGGGUUACAGGGAGACCAGGUACCAGCUUCUGCAGCUGCGGCCAGCCCAAAGGGCCUCAUGGAUCGGUUAUGCCAUUGCAUAUCACCUCCUCGAGGACUACGAGAUGGCCGCCAAAAUCGUUGAAGAGUUUCGAAAAACGCAACAGACUUCGCCAGACAAGGUGGACUACGAGUACAGCGAGCUGUUGCUGUACCAGAACCAGGUCCUGAGAGAGGCAGGCCUCUUCAAAGAAGCGCUGGAGCACCUGAUCACAUAUGAGAAGCAGAUCUGUGACAAACUGGCUGUGGAAGAGAUGAGAGGUGAACUGAUGUUGAAGCUGGAGCGGUAUGACGAUGCCACUGAGAUCUACUACCGCCUUCAGGAGCGCAACCCAGAGAACUGGUCUUACUACCAUGGCCUUGAAAAUGCGCUAAAGCCAGAAAGUGCAGAGGAAAAGCUGAAGAUCUAUGAGGAAGCUUGGGUGAAGUACCCAAAAGGACUGGUGCCUAGAAGGCUUCCUCUCAGCUUCUUAUCUGGAGAAAAGUUCCGCGAGUGCCUGGAUAAAUAUUUAAGAAUGAACUUCAGCAAGGGUUGCCCUCCCGUCUUCACGACCCUGAAGUCCCUUUAUAAUGAUAAAGAAAAGGUGUCAAUAAUUGAAGAAUUAGUAGUGGGUUUUGAAACGUCUUUAAAUAGCUGCCGAAUGUUCAACCAAGAUGACGAUGGCAAAGAGGAGCCCCCCACCACGUUACUGUGGGUCCAGUACUUCCUGGCCCAGCACUAUGACCAGAUUGGUCAGCAGAGUCUGGCUCUGGAGAACAUCAACGCUGCCAUUGAGAGCACCCCCACACUGAUCGAACUGUUCCUGGUUAAGGCCAAAAUAUACAAGCACGCAGGUAACAUUAAGGAGGCGGCUCGCUGGAUGGACGAGGCCCAGGCCCUGGACACGGCCGACCGCUUCAUCAACUCCAAAUGCGCCAAAUACCUGCUCAAGGCCGGCCUCGUCAAAGAGGCGGAGGACAUGUGCUCCAAAUUCACAAGGGAGGGUGCAUCUGCCGUUGAGAACCUCAAUGAAAUGCAGUGCAUGUGGUUCCAAACGGAGUGCGCUUUGGCCUACAAAUCUAUGAAGAAAUAUGGCGAAGCUCUCAAGAAGUGUCAUGAGAUCGAGAGGCAUUUUGUGGAGAUCACGGAUGACCAGUUUGACUUCCAUACGUAUUGCAUGCGCAAGAUGACUCUGCGCUCCUACGUGGAGCUGCUGAAACUGGAGGACGUGCUGCGCAUGCAUCCCUUCUACUUCAAGGCCGCCCGCACCGCCAUCGACAUCUACCUCAGCCUGCACGACAACCCGCUCGCCGACGACAGCAAGGAGCUGCAAUCGGACACGGCUAACCUAUCAGACAAGGAGCUGAAGAAGCUGCGCAACAAGCAGAGGCGAGCGCAGAAGAAAGCCCAGCUGGAGGAGGAGAAGAAGAACGCGGAGAAGGAGAAGCAGCUGAAGAACCAGAAGAAGAAGAAAGAAGAUGAUGACGAGGAGAUCGGAGGACCCAAAGAGGAGCUCAUACCAGAUAAACUGGCUAAAGUUGAAAACCCAUUAGAUGAAGCUGUCAAGUUCCUGACGCCCUUAAAAAAUCUUGUAAAAAAUCAGAUUGACACUCACUUGUUAGCAUUUGAGAUCUACUUUAGAAAAGAAAAGUUUUUGUUAAUGUUGCAGUCUGUCAAGAGGGCCUACACCAUAGACCCAGAUCACCCAUGGCUGCACCAGUGUUUAGUCCGUUUCUUUAAAGGAGUGUUUGAAAGCAAGGACCUGCCGGAUGCUGUACACACAGUGUUGAAGCAGGAGAUGGCCCGAGUCUUCGGGAUCAGCAAUGCAAAUAACUACAACCAGACCUUUCUUACAAAGCAUUCACACUCCAUCCCUCAUAGAUUAGCAGCGGCCAAAAUGAUGGCCUACCUGGACCCUUCUACUGACAAAGAAGCCACAGAGCUUGCUACAGCGCUGGACGAGUCCCUCAGCAACAGAACCAUUGAGAUCUGCACUGAUGUCCUGGAGUGCCUGCAAGAUGGCAGCCUCGGCAAUACCAAGGAGUCGGCAGCGGAGAGUUACCGGGCGGAAUGCCACAAGCUGUAUCCAUACUCACUGGCCUUCAUGCCACCUGGCUAUGAGGAGAACACCAAGAUCGCCGUCAACGGUGACGUCUCCACGGAAACGGAGGAGCUGGCCAAUGAUAUGUGAGGAAGUUGGUGGAUGCCGAGGUGGAGGGCCGCGGGGGUUUGUUUGGUUCAGUUGAAGAGAACGGAGGGAGCUGACUGCUGUGGACAAAGCAAUCACUUCUCGCCCUCAUCUCUCAGCUCCCCACUCCCUUUUGUUCCCACUAAUCUCCAUCGCUGAUCUCCAAGCCACUCGCAGCAGGACUGAGACGAUGACUGGUUGACUUUAUCCACGGGAGUACAGAUACUGGGGGAGAAACUGAGAAGAGAAUGAGAAAAGGCCAUUUUUUUGUAAGUCAAAGGCAACCUUGCUGUUGAACUUGCCACCACAGCACACAGCCGAACAGAGACUGUAUUCUGUGGUAACGGGAGCAAGUAGAAGCCAACAGGAGCUACAGCAACAUUAUUCUUCCAGUGUUUUCAAAGAUUUUUUUGUUUUUGUUUUUUUUUGUUUAAUGAUUUAAGUUCUAGAAUGAAUGUGUUCCCAGUGGACACAUUGACUUUUUGGAAGCACUGAGGUUUUUUCUUUCUUUCUUUCUUUCUUUCUUUCUUUCUUUCUUUCUUUCUUUCUUUCUUUCUUUCUUUCUUUCUUUCUUCUUUUUGGGUGGGGUGGGGGUACUGGAGUUUUCCCACUUGGCCUGGCACUCUGCAUCCUCCUCUGAGGCUCAAGUAAUGGAGGUGAUUGGCUACCAGUAUGGCCGUUUUUACCAUUGAGAGGCCAUCACCGUCAAAGGGUGAUGAAUUGGUCUGAAGGGCAAAUUCCGUGAAUGGUUUGCAUCUUUUUCUUUUUCUCGGUUCGGUUUCAGUGUGAGGAUUGCAGUUUGUUGUAGAUAUCUGGAUUUUGUACUGUUCUUAAAGACACUAUGAAAACACUUUUGGUAGCCAAGCAUCGAGGUUGACUUGCCUUUUAUCAAACCUGGACAUUUCCCCCGGUGAUGUAUGAAAUGGACAAAUGCAGACUUUUUUGUAAAAAAAAACCCCAAAAAAACAAAAGCGAACAAAAAACAGAAAAUAAAUCAUGCGUUUGUCAGCCGUGCUUUUAUUCUGGCAUCUACUAUAUUUAUCUCACUCACACACCACACACGCAUUCUGAAUCGGUCUCCGGUACCAGUGGAUGGAUAAGGUGGGAAGCUCCUCUGUUCCUGUAUGGAUAUGCUGAACCGUGGGAAAGUAGCAACCACUCUAUUUGGAUGGUUUAUUAUCACAUUCUGAUUUGACAACUGCUGACGUGAACCACUUCCCCGAAGUAAACUUCUCCUGUGUGAGAGAGAAAUGUUGAAUUUUUCCCUGUCAUUUUUCAUCCACAUUUCUCUGCAAGGUUGUAAUGUACAUUUUACGUUCAGCAGUUGAGAUAUGUACAGAUUUAAAGGAAUGAUGGUCGCGAUUAACGGUUUCUGGGACUUGAAUAUCUUUGUUUGCCCUUUUCCUUCCCAGUGCGACCUUCAGACUUUUUCCUUUUUCAAUUGUAAAGUUCUACCCCUGUCAAACACAUAAGAGGUACCAAAUAUACAAUGCAAUAAAAUUAUUUUAAAAGUAGUA